CUUUGGGUUUCUGUGUCCUCAUGUUUUGUAAUAUGCUGUAUAAAAGUGUAAACUCGUAAGCGGAGUGUUUGUUGACAUUGUCGAAGUAAAUGUGAAUGCUUCACUACAAAACAUUAGAAAAGUUUAUUCUUUUCAUCUUCGAGACGCUGAAAAUGACGACUGAAAUAAUGAAAUCUUUUGGUGCACUCCAAGCAGAACUGGAGAAAGCGAAAGAUAGUUUGAAGGGUGUGGAUGAGCAUAUAAAGAAACUGAUUGGUAGAGACCCAGCCGAACCUCCUCUUCGCCCUGGUGUGAAGAGACCUGCAGGACAACAGGAAGAAUUCCGGGGCAGAGGCAGAGGUUAUGCCCUAAACAGAGGACGCCGGGAUCCAGGUGCAAGACCAGAAGAGGAUGAGUCACCAGCGGUGAAGAAGAGGCCUGGAGAUCCAAGGACUGUAUUUAGCAGGUUGUCUGGGCCACCAAGGGCCAAACGAGGUGACACCCCUGAUGAUGAUGAGCUCCCUAACAAGCCUCUCAUAUCUUCUCGGGUAAUUGCUACACCUAAAGAGUUACCUUCUCGACAGGAAGCUAUGGCUGCCCAGAACACUGAUGAGUUGAGCAAAGCAAGAAAUAGGAGAAUGUUUGGUGCCUUACUUGGGACUCUGCAAAAAUUUCGACAAGAAGAAACUAGAAUGCGUGACAAAGAAGAGAAAAGAGCAAAGGUAGAGAAAAAACUUGAAGAAAAUGCAAAGCGUGAGAAAGAGGAGUUGAAAAAGGAGCGACAAGAACUCUUCCUGGAAAGAAAAAGAAAACAAGCGGAGAUAAGAAAAAUAGAAUUAAAAAUGCUUAGGAUUAAAGAGCAAGAUGAAUGGGAAAGUAAACAUAGACAUCUUCUAAAUUUUAUCCAAACAAAGGCAAAACCUCACAUUUUCUACCUUCCAAGUACACACAAUACGAAAACAGAAGAGAGGCUUGUAGCUAGCCAGAAGUUGGUUGCAAAAAUGAUUGAGAAGAAAAGGGAGGAAGUGCGGUUGGAACUGGAAGCAAUUGAGAAGCGUGGGAGAUGGAGGCAGGGCUUAGGGGAUCAAGAGGGAGGGUUAGCCCAAGAGGCAAGUGAUGAUGAGCAAAUGGAUAGCCUUGAAGUAGGAGAUAAGGAAAACCGUUUGCAGAGUGUGGGUGGUGAAAUGAAUGUUAGUAUAAUUGAGAGUGUGGUCAAGGUACCAGGAUCAGGUAAGGAAGGGGAACAUUACCGUAAGAGUAAAGAUAAUGAAAAGUUAGGCUCAAGGGACUCAAAAUCUAAAAAGGUAGAUAUACAGUACAAAAAAGAAGGUGGGAGGGAAGAAAGGGAGGAGCCUAUGGAUGCUGAGUCUGAGCAUGAGCAGGAUGAUCAAGAUGAUCAAGAUGAUCAAGAUGAUCAGGAUGAUGAGGAAUCAAAUGAAAUUAGUGGGGAAGUUGAGGAAGGUGAAGUAGAAAUAAGGACAGUUAUAAAAAGAGAAAAAUCAGUGGAGGAAAAUAGUACAACAAAUGAAUAAAAUAUUCGUGUUUGUGCAGAAAAAUUUAAGGCUGAUUUCUCAAAGCUAUUGAGGAAAGACACCAGUCCAAAAUUGCAGUCAGGGCAGCUGCGAGAUGUAUUAAUAAAGAUGGGUUGUACAAAUUUCUUUUGAUAGUUUUGUAUUAUGUAUAAAUUGACAAAUUUGUGGAUUUUUAUUAAAUUUCAGUCUUAAUUUCCCAUAGAUUUUUGAGCAAAUUUGGCGGGGUAAUGUUGCCUUUCAAAAUUAUUCUCUGCAAAUUAUACACCCUUAUUAAGUAAGAAAAUUGACGAAUAGGAAAGGUAAGUAUCGUGUGAGGGUGCAGUAGUUACAAAGAUGUGGUGGAGUGUGAAAAUUGUUUGUGUGUAAGGUGCUUGUGUGUGAGUUUUUGAUGGACUAUCAUUCCUAUAUUUACCUCUAAACUUUUUUUUCCAGUAGUUGAGUUGAUUCUUGCUUCCUGUCCUUUGUUUUGUUAUGAUAGUGGAAAGAAAAUAAAAUUAUAUUCUGUGCACAAGUGGAGUGUGAGAUUAGUGCAGUUUUGUUUUGAAUAUAAAACUUAUUUCCAAAGUAUAAGAAAUAUCAAUUCAGAAUUUACUUUGUCAUGUUCACCUUGGUGCUCAUCAAUUUUUUAACUGAAUAUUGUCCGUAUGUUGACCUGUGAAUGAUUCAGGUGAGUUUUUUGAGUACAGUGCAUGUAACAACGAAAUAUUGUAGAUUCCAGUGCAACAAUCACUUCAGGAACAAAUAGCCCAUGUUCAUGUAUCAGUUCCUUGUGGUUACUGUACACAGGAAACUUUUACAAUACACUCUCAUGACCAGUUGAAUCUUACAUUGCACAGUUCAGCAGGCAAGAUGAUUUUAAAAUAGAACUUAACUAGAUUUAUGAGAGAGGUUGCAGUUCCUUGCCAUCUUUGGACAGGGAGGGGAAAUUUUUCAGCUUAGGUAUUAUUGGAAAUACCUGUUAAAUUAUGCCUUACAGAAGUCUUUUCUACCAUAUUGGUGGUACAAUGACGAUGUGUCAAACUGACUGAACAACUUCAAGCUACAGUCCUUACUUUUGUUGUCUUAUCAUGCUGCUGUUACCAUAAUGGUAAUUUUUUUUACAAAGUUCAUGCAAGGCGUUACAUUAAAUUUUAUUCUAAUGAUUCAGUUUUAUAUGAUUUUGUUAUUUUCACAGAACUUAACAGAAAAUUUUUGUAUUUGAAACAGUAUUUAUGCUUUGUUGCCAUUAUAAUGGAAUAUACAAAUUUUUGUUAAAUAUUCAAAUUCACUGGAAUAGUAAUUUGUUUUUAACUGCAAAAAAAUUCAUU